AUGGUGCCUAGCCCUCUAGCCCGCCGCCACGCCACGCCGCCAAGCUGCCGCCGGGAUAACUCGCGCCUCCGCCAGAGAAGCCGCAGCCGCCGCGCGUUGGAGAGGCCUCAAGCCGCAACUGCACCACCGCCAGGCAGGGGCGCCGCCACCCAACACGCCCUCAGCCGCGCCGUUGGGCCCCGCCAGCCCAGCGCCGUCUCGCGCCGCGCCGUCCCGCGCCGGACGCCAACCGCGAGAAGAGGGGCAAGAUCCCCGCCGCCACCAACGCUGGCUGGUCUUUGCCCGGCGGCGCUCUCUCCAAUACAUAGAGCAGAGGACCUCAGCUGCUGCUGUUUAGUACUGCCAGCACACAUUCCACUACAGACUACAGUGCCAGCCACCCGGAGAGGGGGGGGAGAAGCAGCCAUGCGGUGGUGCUACGUGGGGAAGGCGACCAAGAUCUUCUUCGCCGUCGUGGCCGGGCUCGCCGUCGUCGGUCUCAUCGUUGCCGUCGGCGCCGUCAUCCACCGCGCCAAGUCCCAUCGCAACUCCGGCGCCGCCUGCGCCACCGCCGCCGGCGGGUGUCAGCCAGUCCCGCCCGGGACCGUCAGCCAACAGCCAUCCAUGCCUUCCACCGCGGUCACCGCCCCGCCGCCGCCGCCGAAUCCCACCUUUCCUGCCCCGGAAACCCCCUUCCCGCCGCCUCAACCCCCUCUGCAGCCGCCGCCAGCACCAAUUGCGUCGCCCUCGCCGGCCACAUUUGCGUCCCCGCCGCCUCCGGACGUGCUGGUGCCGCCACCACCAGCAAUCGCGCCACUGGCGCCAGAAUUCGCGUCACAGCCGCCUCCGGCUGCGCUGGUGCCGCCGCCACCGGCGCCGGAAUCUGCGUCACAGCCGCCUCCGGCUGCGUUGGUGCCGCCGCCGGCAUCCGCGUCACAGCCGCCGCCGGUCGCGCUGGUGCCGCCACCGCCGGCCCCGGAUGCGCCGAGCCCGACGGCGUCCUGACGCAUGUCGCCGGUUAUUGACUAUUGAUGACUCGAUCUCAGAGCAGGUUCAGGUUGUAGCGCACUGAUUCAGGUUCAGGACAUGGAAUUAGUCUGCUGUCUUUUCUUUUCAAUUGCCGGAUUAAAUCCUUCAUCACCCCCCUAUCGCACAUCGAGAUUUCACCGAUUCAAGUCGCAUCUUGUUAUAUUUGUAAUUCUGAUUCUUGUUUACUCUAUGCUGACAGUCUCGUGCUCC